AUGGUAAAUCUAGCUGAAUAUGUAGAACCGACGGACGUGACAUUUGAAUGGAUUGUGGAGCAGUUGGAUGGGAAAGACAAGAAGUGGGACCAGUUGAGGAGGCACAAGAAGAAAAUUAGUAAGGUUAGUUUAUGGCUGGUCAUAAGGUUGUGUGAUGGUAGUUUUGCAUGUCUUUUUGGCCAAUUGUUAAUCUUUUGUGGCCGUUAGGUAUCUCAGUUUUCUUAGAGAUAAAAGUUAUAGUAGUUAAAGUUUAGUUUUCUAUCCUUUAUUGUGUCAAUACAAUUUUAGUUGUUUUAGAUACAAUACGAGAUAAUAUCAGGCGGAUACUUAUCUAACGUGGCAAAGGUUGAAAUAUAUUUUGGUGGAUUUAACUCACAUUUUACAUUUUAUUUGAAGGUAAGACUCUAUAUUACCUUUUCAAAGCUAAAAUUUUUUAAUUUUUGACGUUUCUACCAUGCUUUGGUGUAUAAUAUACUUUUUUUAAUCUUACAUAUUUUACUAAAAAAUUUUUAAAACUUAAAAGUUAUUUUACUGAGUUUAAACUCUUUCUUCAGGCUCCAUGCAUGAACAAGUUUAAAGUAUUGGGAGAAAACAAGUCUUUGUAUGGAUUCAUCGACCAAAUGGCCGAUGGUCUCAUCUAUUACCACAACCAUGAAGUCCUAUUCUACACGUUAAUAGCUCCACAAUACCCGCAUCUACACUUUCCUCAAAUGUUUGGUUAUGAAGAUAGUGAUAUGUCAACACGACGGCAUGGUAGAAUUUUACUGGAGAGUUUAAAUGACCGUGCAGUAAUGCCAGAUGUUGUGAAUGGCCUUUCGAUCGACCAAUGUUGUCAUGUUGUUGAAGAGAUUGCCAAGUUUCAUGCCUACUCCAGAUGUAUGAACAAUUCUGAAGAGGUGAUGCGACAGUUAAGGGGGAAUCACAGGCUACAGCUGCACGAUGAUGAGUUGUACAUUUGGAAGAGAUUAGUGAAUUUAGGGGAAGCCUACUUUAUUAAGCAUGAACGGGCGUACAAGAACUUGUUGGAUUCGGCGUACGCUCAGCCAUAUGAACCUCAUACUAACUUUGGUGAGUAGUUAUAGUACUGUCUGUCUAGUGGCGCAUUUAAAACUGAAAGUAAAUACUUUUACGUUGCUGUAACUUUGUUAACUGUUAACAUCUCAACAAUAUUAUUUAAGAAAGCAUAAAAGCCAUACACUUUCAAUAAUUUAGGCAUAAGACCAGUGAUUUCGCACGGUGACCUCUGGGCCAACAACAUAUUGUUUGAAAAGGAUGAACAUGGCCAUAUCUCCAAUAAAGUGUACGCUUUCAUUGACUGGCAAGCUGUCCAUAUAGGUAUGUAAAACUACAUUUUAUUAGGUUAUAAAAGGUACUGGAAUAAACGAUUUGGUGCGAUUCAUAUUGAUCAGCACCUCGGCCAAUGUGCAACGAAUGUGCACGGAUCGGUUUUUGCGGUUAUAUUACGAACGAUUGUACAUUGAAUACAGAAGACAGGGGUCGGCACCAGAUUUUACGUUGGACACGGUGAGUUUUUUUUUAAAUUUGAAUUAUGAAAAAAAUAAAAUUUUUUGGGAGUAGGUCCCAGUAGUUACCUUUAUUUGUCAAGCCUUCUUUUAUUACAAAAAUAUAGUUUUUUUUAAUUAGACGAUUUGAAAAUAUAAAAAAUUUAGUUACGAGAAAUGUACAUGUUCCACUACCCGCACGAGUGCAUAUUCGCCGCCAAUUUCCUCACAAUGGAAGCCCUAAAGCAAUCGGACCCAUUCCGGAAGCAGAAACUGAUCGAACGCUUGAUCGCCAACUUUGAGCCGAUUCGGCCCAAACUGGAAAGCAUGGUUAGCCUUGAACGUGCGGUUUAA